CGGCGGCCGGCGAAGGUGUGUGGGCGCGCGAGCAAGUCACAGAGUAGCGGAUAGGGUUAGGUAGGGCGAGUGCUGAGGGGUAGUCAGGCAGGGAGAGAGUGCGCGCCGGCGAUGGAGGGCCCGAGGCUGACCGCGCUGCUGCUGCUGCUGCUGCUGCUGACGCUGGCCGCUGACAGAGCCAGCGCCAAGGGCGAGAAGUCGCUCGAGUACAAGAUACGCGACGACCCGGACCUCUCACAGUUCUACUCGUGGCUGGAGCACAACGAGGUGGCCAAUAGCACGCUGCAGCUGCGCCAGGUCACCGUCUUCGCGCCCACCAACCUCGCCUUCCAGAACUACAAGGCGCGCGACGGCGACGAGAACAUCAUCCUCUACCACAUGACGAACCUGGCGCACUCGCUGGACCAGCUGGGCCACAAGGUGCUGUCCGAGCUGGACGGCAACCCGCCGCUGUGGAUCACCCGGCGGCGCGACACCAUCUUCGUGAACAACGCGCGCGUCCUGGCCGAGCGCUCCAACUACGAGGCGGUGAACCGGCACGGCAAGAAGCAGGUGCUGCACGUCGUCGACUCGGUGCUCGAGCCCGUCUGGUCCACGUCCGGCCAGCUCUACAACCCGGACGCCUUCCAGUUCCUCAACCAGUCCGAGAACCUCGACCUGGGCCUGCACCGCGUCCGAUCAUUCAGGCAACGAGUCUUCCAGAAUCAGAAGCAAAACGAUUUCAAGCUGGAGGGCAAGCACACUUUCUUCAUUCCUGUGGAUGAGGGUUUCAAGCCACUUCCUCGGCCUGAAAAAAUUGACCAGAAGGUGAUCGACGGUCACAUUAUUCCCAACCACGUGCUAUUCACGAGUGCUACUCCACUCGACGAAGAGUACGAGACGUUGGCGUUCACCGACAUGCUGCGCGUCGUCAUCUCCUUCACCAUGGAGUCUGACGGCAAGGCCCACAAGCCGUACGUUAAAAGUAACACAGUUAUCGGCGACGCGAACCACGCAACCGGUGCCGUCCUCGCCGAAAUCGUGAAGGCGAACAUCCCCGUCAAGAAUGGCGUCGUGCACCUUAUCCAGCGCCCACUCAUGGUUGUAGACAAUACGGUGAAGCAGUUUCUGGAGGAAAAGGAGGACGGCCCCCUGUACAAGUUCUACCAGGUGAUACUAGACGCGGGCGGCGACUUCAUCAACCAGAUCACCGAGAUGAAGGACCUCACUCUCUUCGCGCCGUCUAACGCCGCCUGGUCGGAGACCACGGCCAACAACCUCCUCACCGACCGCAAGAAGUUCCGAGAGAUCCUCAACCUGCACAUCGUGGCCGAGAAGCUCAGCAUAGAGAGCAUCGUGGAGCAGAAUGUCAAACAGAAGGAUUGUUUCGUGCAGGUUCCGACGAUGGCCGACCGUAAGAACCUCUACUUCAACGUCGUGCACGGCCCGGCGGGGAACAAGACGGUCACCGUCGAGGGCGGCGGUGUCAAUGCCACCAUUGUUCAGCCCAACAUAGCCGCUACCAACGGUAUGGUGCACAUCAUCAACAAGAUACUGGGUGUCCCGUACACGACAGUCAAGGAGAAGCUCCGGACGGACCCCAUGCUGAAUAAGACGUACCACCUCGGUGAGAUGUCAGACUUCAACAAGAUGCUGGACGAGAAGCACACCAAGUUCACAUAUUUUGUCCCCCGAGAUUUGGCUUGGAAAAAGUUGGAGGUCCGCGACCCGUCAGCGCACCGCAAACUCUUCAUGAAGGAAUUUACCUACCAGGUGAAACAGAUCCUGGAGAGACACCUGGUGAUCUCAGACCGGGUGUACACGAUGGGUGCGCUCAAGAAGCUCGCCUCCAACACUUCGUCCGUGCUGCCCACCAUGCGGGACCACCUCAGGCUGAGGGUUAGGGAGACCGAAAAGAGUAAGCAGAACCAGUCGCGAUACACGUCGGGUUACUACGUGGAGUGGCAGGGCGAGUGGAUCCACAUCUUCCGGCCAGACGUGGAGUGCACGAAUGGCAUCAUACACGUAAUGGAUUACGUCUUCAUGAAAGAGGGCGACAUCGUCGUGGGCGGCCCGGACGGAGCCGGCCAGCAGGUCGCGUCGUUCGCGGUCGUCGCGUCCGCUCACCUCGUCGUGCUCGCCACCGUCCGGUGGUUGCUGCACUAGUGGGCACUCGGCAAGUUCUAUAUUUCAGAGGCCGCGUAGUGCCAACUGGGAUCUCCUCGUUCCAGAGUAGAGACGCCGCCCGUUUCCGGCUCCGUGCCAGACGCAGACUGCCCGAGAACUGCGAAGUGAACAGUGUCACCGUGUCGGUGCGACGGGACGGGACGGGACCGCCGCCACAGAGACGGGCAGACGCAGCCGUCUGCGCGUGCCGAACUGACGGACUGCGUUCCGGCUUCUCGGGCACACUGUGGACUAUUACGUGUCUAAUUCGGUUGAAUGUGUGACUUGUGUAAACUGUAUUGUGUUCUCCUUAGAAUUUCUGUCUACUGUUAGCCUGUCGUGUUGUGACUGUGAGACGAUCCCACGUGACACACCGACAGAAGUUCACUCUCAGUUCCGGUCUGCUGCUCUCUCGAGUAGAGGACCCGUCGUCUCUUAAUGCGACCUCAGAUUUUUGGCAUUCCUUUAAUCUCCUUGUUAGGUAAUCCUCAAUAUUUUAUAGGCAUAACAAAUUUUCCAGUUCUGCAUUCCAUUCCUCAUUCCUUACUAAAUAUAUUCAGUCAUACAAGCAUUCCGUUUGGGGGUGUAACCUAACCUAUUUAUGGAGUUAUUUUCUUUUUUCAAUCUGUGUGUGUUCAAAAGUGUAAUAAUGGUAUCUUAUGCUGAAGUAGGCUCUGUUGCAGUGUACAUCUAGUCCAUUAAGAGACUUCAGUGUAAGGUCAGCUGAAACGCCAUUUAUUUGAAGUCAGGUCUGACACGUAGUGCGUAAAAUCUACCACUGGAUUCCUAAAAAUCAGUAAAGGAAACCUAUAUGUAUAUGCAAUCUUUGAAUUGAGUGAAAACAUGUGGCUUUGUUUUAAAGUUAUGAACUAAUUUUGUGUGCAUUUCCUAAAAAGAACUGACAAAGAGUCAUUUGAAUUGAUUUGUAGGUGUAAGUGUUCAGAGUAUGCUUUAGAUUUUAUUUCGAAGAUAAAGUCUAUUGUCUCAGAGGUUAUUUAUCAUUGUAGGCUAAGAAAACAGUGCUAUGUAGACAAGAAUAAAGUGAUAUUGUCAAAGCUGUGAGUAAGAUUACUAUAGCUGCCUCUUUGUAAUGCUAAAGAUGAUAAAUCAGAUGGGAAUUACUUUUUCAUAUCUCAAAAGUACAAGGGUUAGUGCUGCAGAAUUAAAUGUAAUGCAAAGAAUAUUUUAGGCAUAACUGUAACAUAUUUGUGCAGGAUACACCUUGCUCAAAAUAUCGGAUUCUGAGAGAUUCACACGUUAACACAUUUUAAUAGCAGAAAAAGAAUCUUUUUGUUAGUAUUGUGAUAGCCAAUAUUUGUGCAUCUCGUAAAUCUGGAUUUCGUUCUAGAGACAAUAAGAAGAAAAUAAAUACACCCUCAACUUAGCACACACUCCACGUACGGCACUAACCCACACCACUCUGUUACCCACGCCGUUUCCCUAUCGCAAUAGAUUUAGUAAACACGUGCAGGGUAUUGCGUCAAAUUCUGACCCGUAGGAAGAGCGUCCUGCCAGAACGUAGCCGGGCAACUUCUGGUGACCAAAGUAGUCUGCGCGAAUGUAACAGAUGUUUUCCAUAGAAAGCUUCAGAUUUGGGCCUGGUUUUGCUGUAGAACGUGCACAUAUCAUAGUGGCAGGAUGCCCUAAAAUGUUUUUAAACUCAUUUUCUUAUCCUCCCGGAGACCAAUAACAAUACAGGAGGAUACCGGGAAGAGAGGUUUCCUCGAGCCGCGUCACGAGAGCUCGCGGCAACGACUUGCCCCGUCUGCAAUUCUGUACUGGCAGGAAACUUCUUUCUCGUCGAGCUCGGGCAUCCUUUUCUUUCGAGGUGCUGGUUAGCUAGUGAUUACUUACUUUAAACUGCACACAGCCAAGUUUCCUCGAGUAGUCGAAGAAAUUUUCACCUACCAGAAAACUGAUCUGCCAAAAUAUGUGUUAAGUCUGUAUCCCUGAUAGAUUGUAAAUCUUUUAAAAAUGCAUAGUGAAAGGUUUAGAAAGAAGAAAUAAUUUUUGAGAACAAAGUACUCUCACUCUAAUAUACUUUAUUUUAAGGAAGUGAAUUGCAAUUGUUAAAUAUAAAGUUUUAUCUUUCACGAUUACAACAGAUACGGGUGAAUAACUGUAUCAUUUAAAAGGAUUACAUCUUAACACUGGAGCCACAUUGAUAUAUUUUGAACUAACGCAUAUAUGUACAUUUGUAAAUGCGUACUGUGUCCCAAAGUUUAAUUUGCUCGGUGUUUACGGCACUAGAAUGUCGGCGUGUUAGCACGUCAGUCUCCGUGUGCAUUCUCCGAGCCUGUCGUGCGCUCUAAUGCUCUGUGUUGUGGGUAGUAAGAUGCGAGGCACUGCUGCCGUGCGUGUCGCGACUGAGCAAACGGUAACCCGUCUCCGUCUCCUUCCGACUGUUUCUUUGAGAAGAAUUUCUGAGGCACACUCGUGGUAUAGAAUGUAAAGAUUCUCUAACUCUAUUUGUCAAACAGUUCAUUUAUUAAAACUCGGAUUUUACAUAAUGCCGUAAGCAAGAUCGUACUCGACGUGUACGAGAGAAACUAUUUAAACAAAUGCGAGUAAAUAAGCUGCGUUCAAAAAUAAAAAGGUUCAAUUAAUUUUUAGUAAUACCGUUCCUGUACACAUUAUCAUUACAAUUUAAAUAUAAGCCCGAGAUAAAUGUGUCAGCAAUAAGGGUGGCAGUUAAUGAACAGAGCUAUUAGAACCGGACUGUCAUCACUAUCCAAACUAAUUAUAGCCGAGCGACGUGGCUCCAGGUGCUAACUGGAAGCCAACAUCUGAAGUAUGAAUACGUGGAUACUUCAAAAAUGUUUGCUCAGCUUCAGAAAAUGUAUUCAUAAGUUUUAGAGUCAGGUUUACGAAAAAUCUCGUGGGUUACUUUAAAUAAAUAUUGUUUGCCAGUGGAGUUGUUAUUUAUGGACUUUGUGUGUGUAUGUUAGUGUGACUUAUAAUUGUACACCAAAGUGAUUAGUUCUGAUUGUGAAUCUCAUUGUAUGCUCUGAUUAAGUACAAAUUGUAUGCCCAAAUACAGCUUAGAAACUCUGACACAAAAUUUAGCAAUAUUUAUUUCAUAUUAUUGAUUAAUUACUAGCAGUUUUAAAAAACUGUACUGUCAAUAAAAAUGUGGAAAAAUUGUAUCAUAAAACUGUUGCUCUUCUGUAUCAGGGGCAGAGAACCUCAUUUUUGUGCAAGUCAAUAAAAGUGUAAUUGUAAUUAAGCUUUCAAAUCUGCUCUCAGUAAUCAUGAAGCUCGGUUGUGCUUACUGAAAGGCAACAACAAAUGUAUCUACUUACUGUAAGAUCACAGUCGGGUCAGUGUUUGCUGCUGUUAAUUUUUUUCCAGUAGCCCGGAGAUGUCUGCUGUUGUGGUGACGGAAGCCGCAGACUGAAAUGCGAGCUGUUUUUAAUCUGCCAACUCGGACACUCGUGACGGUGGGCUCUGUGCUGUUUCACUGAGGGUCAGUUUGAGGUCACGUAACUUUACCUGUAACUGUGUAAACUAAAAAUUAAUGGACCAAAAUAAAGUGAAACUUGACACACAA